AUGGGGACCAUAUUGAAGGUCAAUGGGAAGACAAAAGACAAUAUAAAAGCUCGAUUGGACCUACAAAGGAUGGGUAUACGGAAGGACUUAUGGGCGACGAGAACAGGGGAUAAGUAUAGGGUGCCAAACGCUUCAUAUGUGAUGUCGAACAAGGAGAAGGAUUCAUUUUGUAAACUUUUGAGGGAAAUUAAGGUUCCUGACGGGUACGCAUCAAACAUUUCUCGAUGUGUGAACCUUAAAGAGCGGCGGCUUAUUGGUCUAAAGAGUCACGAUUGCCAUGUUCUAUUGGAACAUUUGUUACCAAUAGCAAUUCGUGGAAAUUUGCCAGAUGAUGUGUGUGAAGCAGUGACUGAGUUAUUUAGAAAGGAUAUUCCCCCCAUCUUUUUUGUUGUGAUGAUGCACUUGCCCAUUCAUCUAGUAGAACAAGCAAAGGUUGGUGGUCCGGUGCAGUAUUGUUGGAUGUAUCCAAUUGAGAGGUACUUGCGGAAGUUAAAGCGUUAUGUGCGGAAUAAAGCUCAUCCUGAAGGCUCGAUGGCGAAAGGGCAAAUAAUAGAAGAAUCUCUCGUAUUAAUUGAGCGCCAUAUGAAUAGUGUAGUUACGAAGUUUAAUCAACUUGGUAGAAACGAGGAUAACACUCGAUUUCAGUCAGCAGUUAAUAAGUUGUCUGUUUUCAGACAAUCCGGUGAAUUUCAAGGUAAGAAACGUGUGGCCUCGUUUUCAGAGGAAGAGUUCCAACAAAUGAAAUUGGCUGUUCUCAAGAAUUGUGAUGAAAGAACACAAAUCUAUCUUGAAGGAACUAGCCACGCACAUAGAAAACACACCGAAGAAUUUCCUAGAUGGUUUGAACGUAAAAUUUACCAACUGCACAAAGAGACCAGUCAGGUGAGUGAAGAACUAUUAUCAUUGGCCGGAGGUCCUUGCCGAGAAGCUCUGUCUUUCAACAUUUACACGGUCAAUGGGUACCGCUUUCAGACAAAACGUUGGGAGCAGGGAAGAACGACACAAAACGCUGGAGUAUGUGUAACCAUCGAGAAGGAUUAUUUUGGAGUGCUAACUGAUAUUAUAGAGUUGAGGUAUGUGGGUGGAUUCCGUGUUGUUCUUUUCAAAUGUGAUUGGCGGGAUGUAGAUAGUGAUAGGGGAUGCAGGAAAGAUAAACAUGGAGUUGUUACUGCUGUUAAUAGAACCGUAAGUUGUUGGCAAGAUGAACCUUAUGUGUUACCUUCUCAAGUAUCACAAGUUAUGUAUGUGAAUGAAGGAGAGGAGUCCCAGUGGCAGACAGUGAUAAAACUAAAACCUCGGAACUAUUAUGAUAUGCCGGUGCGUGAUAUUAAUACAGAUUUGAGUCCUAGUGAAGCAGCACAGGAUUUGUACUCGGCUUAUUCUAUGGAAGAUGUACAACUUGAACCGCAGCAGGAUGAUGACGACAAUUUUGUUUGGGAUAGGUGUGAUGUUCCGGAAGAAACCGUCACUUACGUUGCGCCAGAACAAGGACGAGGGAAAGCUGUCGAUGAAGAUGAUGCUGAUGUUGAAAGUGUUUAUACUACUAGCGAUGAUGAUGAUUUGCUCGAAUUUGAAGAGUCUGACAACGAGAUGGACUGGGAUUAA